GGCAGCGUCGAACGACCGCGUACUUCCAGCAGAGGGACACACAAACAACAUUAAACAAACCCUCAAUGAGCUUGAAAUCAUCGUUUUGCCGUUCCACUUACAGACACAUAGACAAAAGCACAACCAUCAUGUCGAUUUCAGCGGCGCAGGCGAGGGCAGCUCUUGAAGAGGUAAUGCAAUACGCGGAGGAGGGCAUCCACUACGAUGACGACGGGGAGCAUCGACUACUGACGGAGAGAGUGCCGAGUUACUUCGAUGUCAGAGUGAACAUUCGUGCAAGCAUCGCUGCGAACGGAGAGAAGUCGCUCAGAGCACGGAUGUUAUUGGCACGGUUCUCUGAGGCGCAUAAUUUGCGUGUAGACAACAGUGCUGAUACCAGUACAUACAGUUUUAGAAAAGUGGUUGGUUGGAUGAGCACAAAAGGGAUGUCCGAUGAAGAAGACGUGGAUAUGAUAAAGCAACUGAAGGGCGGAACAUACACGCUAGCUGAUUUCAAGCAGAUGCUGAUGACACAGGCGAAGAAAUGGGGAAUGCUUGUUGAAGAUUCUAAGGACGAGAUGAAGAGCGGUGCAGCAGAAAUUUUAUUACUCUCGUGUUUGAAGGACAUACCGCAAGCUCCCCCGCAAGACUUCCAAUAUCUUCCAGUAAUUAUUGCAAACGGGGUGGAGUAUGUUUUACUCGACCAACUGGUGGAUUUCAUGAAAAAGAAACCUGACGAUCGGAAUGUCAUACAUGAGGCAUUGCAUGAUGUGACGGAGCAAGCACUGGCGGGCAAGGACCUCAUUAACUACAGGGUGCGGAGUGUGGACGAGGAUGUCAUAUGUGGUACUCCAUUGUGGGAUGGAAUAUUCAUGGCAGCUUUGUAUCGCCUCAGCAUUGCGGCUUCUGAGGUAAACAGAAAGAGGUCAAGGGAAGAAGGAUGGAAGUUGGUGACCAGGGAAGCAGAUGUUGCUUUUCAUGCAGCAGAUGGACACACUUCAGCAGGGGAAGAAAUUGUGAGAACAGUCUCCAUCGUGCGUUUUCCAAUAAACACAAUGUCCACGGAGGAGGUAGAAGAAGAAGAUGUGUUCAAUGAGUGGACAAUGUCAGAACAACAACGGGAACGAGGGUUCGAAGACUCUUCUUUACCGAUCGAUUUUGAAUAUGACAUUGAAGAAACAAGAGUGAGGAACAAUGAAAAAGAUGCGAGGGCGCCAUCAUAUGAGGUGGAAGUGAGUGGCAACGAUGUGAGCAGCAAUGAGGAGGGUGAGGAAUAUGAUGCCUACAAGGAUAUGGAAGUAGGGGGAGGACAAGCGUCAAAAGGGUGGGCACAUGCGAUUCUUAGGUUGGCACGUGUAUUCUCUAAUCCCCAUUUACUGUUGCGUGUCGUGAUGAAGGAGGCAACAUCUGAGGGCGCAGUCCAGUAUGCAUCACUGACGAGCAUUAUGAGAUCAUACUCGAACGGAAAAAGAUGGUCACUGUCCAAAGAUGAUUCCGAUGUCAUCGCCGAUUUCAGCAACUGCAGGAGGUCGCAGACGCUAGAGACGCAAGUUGCUGCGAACUGCUUCAACAAUGGAGACAACGAUAUUAGCCGUGCCGCAGAGACACGAAUGUCAGAAUUGAACAUGCAUAAGCAUGUUCAAGAGAACGGCCUUUGGGGAUUCUACAGGGGUCCGCAUGGUGACGAUCCUCAACUAGAUUCCCAUCUUGCUUUGCAACCGGACCGUAUGCACACCAUUGAACACGACAUUUUCUUGCAUAUGAUAGAUGCAUUCAAGGCAGCAGCUUAUAAGAAGUUGCCGGAUAUCGCGCAAACCGAGAUAUUGCACGAGAUGGAUGCGAGGUUAAAGAGCAUCAGUGAGAGAUGUGUGAGGACAUACCCGCAGCUCGUGUUGCCCGUGGCUACAGGUUUCACGGAGGACAAUGAUGACCAGAAACGACCUGUUGCGAUCGUCAUGGAUUCCUUUCAACAGAGCGGCCGACAGAAAUGGAAGACGUUGCGCACAUUUUUGUGGUAUGAAUACCUCAACGAGGCAGACAAAGCAGGGGUGUUGACUCCUGAGACCGUGGACACGUCGUGGGUGACAUGCAGAGAUCUACUUGGAUCUAACAUAGUAUAUGCAGAAUGUUCACAACCGACCAAUACGUCGGACUGUGGUGUUUACGUUUGUUACGUGGCAGCUGAAUUGAUGCGAAAGCUAGCAAACGUGACAAAGGGAACGAACAUAACUGCAAAAUGUAUAACAGAAGUUGUUAGCGCGAUGGAGAUCAACGAACGAACGGUCGAAAAAUUUCGUCAAUCAAUGGUACAACGCUUUGUGCAGUGUGCUGCAAUGGCAAAACUAUAUAACACCGCAGCAGCGUGUGACACAGAAAAUGUCUUCAGAGAUCUCAUAGAUGGAACACGGAGUGGAAGUUCGUAAUUACAAGGGCAUGAUAGAAACCCGACA